ACCCUUUGUAAGGAGAAUUGCUACUGAUGAAAUGUUUCGUUUCAUGUUUCUUAAUAUCAAUUUUUAUUUGUCUACUUAAUAUUUUAUAAUUAUCUAAGAUCUGACUUUUUAAGUUAUGAAAUACGGGUGCAUUGUCACCCCCAUCUCCUCCGUUGCUUGUUUGAUAAAAGUGGAGGGAAUGGCUAGAUAGCAGGUGCAUUUAAGAGCAAUAAUAUUAUAAUAACGACAACAAUAACAAAACAACAGUUUGAAACGAAAGAGUUUUGUUGUAGCAUGAAGUCCAUCUAUGUGUUAACACAGACCAAGACAAGGAUGGCGUUUGUUUUAGGCCGGAUGAAUGCAAGGUUUUGGGAACCAUCGCAAUAAUCCCAUGAAUGUCAUAAGCCUUCAUAUCUAUAACAUGCGGUGAGGUCAAGUGUAGAGUGUAUCAUUCGUAGUGGAGACAGGCAACCAUGGACCAGGUUUUAGCGACAGCUUGCUGUUCAGCCAUCGAUGAUGAAGCGGACAGUUUGCACAAGUUAAGUCAGGUGAUAUGGGCCAACCCCGAGUUGCUGUUUAAAGAGAAGGUCGCCCACGACGCACUGACCGAUUUCCUGGAAGAAAGGGGAUUCGCCGUUGAGAGACGGUACAAAAAUCUGGACACCGCCUUCAGGGCGACAUGGGAAUGUGCACAUGACGGUAAAUAAAUUAUUGUUUCAUUUAAAACUCUGCAAUAGUGAUUGAUUAACAAGCUUAUGUUUACGAUUAAAAAAUGUUUGAAAAUAUGCUGCUGGCGGCGGGCAUCCAUCCGUCACAACGUGACGAUGGUGAGGACUUCGCUGGACGAAAUCCACAAGGCCUGGGAUGAUACUUCUAGGAUUAUAAGCUGGUUCCCAACAGCAAAUCGCCUCUCUCCACGCCGCUGGAUGACCCAAGGGAACAUCAUGUGGAUGAUACAGCUUGGCCCCAGCGGCGUCGCUUGAGUUGCCGGGAUGUUUCACUGUACCAAUGUUAUCCGCCCACGGGACGCCAAAGAUUAGACAAGAAAAAACGUCACCAGCGAACCGGGUGGAUGGGAACCGUUAAUCUUUGACGGCAAAUCAUCUAAGAGACAAGAGAAAAAAAACCCUCUGAAUUCAAACCCGGAGAUGGAGUCCCGUAGGCGGAUAACAUUGACGCAAUAAAAGUUAGGCAACUCCUGCGGACGCUAAUGGUAUAAACCCGAUUCAUUCACAUAUGAUGUUCCCUUGGGUUAUCCAGGUGCGUGGAGAGAGGCGAUUUGCUGUGUAGGGAACCAGCUUAUACUCAUAAAGAACAAUCCCAUGCCUUGGGAUUCAUCCUGCGAGGUCUACACCAUCGCCACACUGUGACGGACGGAUGCCAUAACAAAAAUGAUGUUGAGUUUAUAACAAUUGAACACCCUGAUGCUUAUUUAAAUUUAAAACUUAACAAAUGUAAUUUUUCAAAAAUAAAGGAUUGAAGACGUCAAUUAUACUCCAGUAUAUCCCCAGUAAAUUAAGAAGCCUUAGCAAGGUCUUCUUAAAGCUUAUCAAAAUUUUGAAAUUAGUUGAUUGGAGAAAAAAGAUCUCACCGCACACUAGCGUCUCCCUCACUUUUCAUAGCUGAGCUGGAUGAGACACUGAUGGUCAAGAUGAAGGAGAGAUGUGGGAGUUCUUCCAUAAUGUCAUACCUGAUAUCACAACACACCUGACGUCAAGACAGACCUGGCAUCACGGCACACUUGACAUCGUGGUGCACCUGGCAUCACGAUACACUUUAUAUCACGACAACCUGACAUCGCGACACACCAUACAUUUAUGGCACAUCCGACAUCCCGUUACACUUUACAACACGACACAUCAAUACCUUAGUCUAGGUGGGAAUAAAACAAGCAGACUCUUACUUACAAAUUCCCACUAAUAUGCUACUCUUAGGCGUACACAUAAUCAGAAAUAAUAAUGAUAAUGUUAGUUUCUUCUCAACAGGCAAUAAUACUAAAGUCCCUAAUGUCGUCAUCAUCUGUGAGUAUGAUGCCCUACCUGAGAUCGGACAUGGAUGUGGCCACAACCUGAUCGCUCAGGCGGGCGCGGCCGCUGGGAUUGGGGUCAAAGCCGCCUUAGAAAAGUUUGAGAAACCAAUGGGAAAGGUAAACAGUUAUUAAAUGGUUUUGUCCCAACACAAUGAGGAGACCAAUAAGAGCUGAUUUUUUGAGAACCUCCAUUUAAAAAAUAAAAAAAGUUUGAAAUAUGUUACAAAUACGUGUAUUUCGUUAGCUUUUAGCCAUGCACUCUGUAGGAUUUCAGUAAUGUGCCGAAAAAAUGGCUUAAAGAUUUGAAUGAGGAAAAUUGCCCAACACCAUGGUUGCUGACUAAAAAAUAAUCAUGAAACAUUUAAGCCAUAUAUUUUUAAUCUGCAAUUUUUUUGCUGCUCAUCAGCAAAAGGAAACACUUUUAAAAUAAAGUUUCAAAGCUAAAAUUUUAAAAUUCAAAUCAUACCCUAAUCCUUACGACUAUUUUAUGUCUGUGUACGACGACACACUGUCAUUUGACCAUCAGUAUCAGGCUUGGGCAUACUUCAUAAAAUUAUCUUAAUCUUUCUCAAUGUUCAAUUUCUCUUGAGCAUGGAUAUACAAGUUUCAAUCAAUUUAUAAUUACAAAGCACAAGAAAUGAAUUUUAAAAAAAAAAGAUUGUGUACAAAAAUACAAUGUUUUUACCUAUUUCCUAAAUUUCUAGGGGGCAUUCCGAACAAUUCAUUUUAGGUCAUUUUUUUUUUUAACGGACUGGCCGUAAAUUACAAACGAUUAAAAAUCCUGCUCAAGACAAGUAAAAAAAAAUUGUUUAAGAGUUAUUUCCAAAGUUAAUAUUUCACCCGUAACGUUUAUGAGACGAAAUUAAGUUUACAAAAGAAAGAUUGAGUGGAACAAAUCUUACGUUGUCUUUAUGAAAACACAACACCACACAAAUGGGUGUUAUCAACAUAAUAAUAUUAGGAGUUCUCCCCCCCCCCUCCAAACCCGUUGCUGAAUAUUAAAAUUAGUAAUGGAUGUGUAACAGAAAAUAUGCUAUACUGUUACCUCUUAUUUUGUUUUGGUGAUUCACUCUAGGUAACCAUACUCGGCACUCCAGCAGAAGAAGGAGGAUGUGGUAAACAGGUUCUUAUCGACGCCGGGGCUUUCGAUGACGUCGACGUGGCGAUGAUGUGCCACCCAUCGAACUUCAGCAGAAACCACAUGGACAUCUUGGCCGCACGUCUGUAAGCAGCUGGUCAUACAUGACGUCUGUAGGCUACUGGUCAUUAUGACGACUGAAGACUACUGGUCAUAAAUGACGUCUGAAGUCUACUGGUCAUAAAUGACGUCUGUAAGCUACUGUUCAUAAAUGACGUCUGAAGGCUACUGGUCAUAAAUAACGUCUGUAAGAUACUGGUCAUAAGUGACUCUGUAAGCUACUGGUCAUAAAUGACAUCUGUAAGCUACUGGUCAUAAAUGACGUCUGUAAGCUACUGGUCAUAAAUGACGUCUGUAAGCUACUGGUCAUAAAUGACGUCUGUAAGCUACUGGUCAUUAAUGACGUCUGUAGGCUACUGGUCAUAAAUGACGUCUGAAGUCUACUGGUCAUAAAUGAUGUCUGAAAGCUACUGGUCAUUAUGACGUCUGUAAGCUACUGGUCAUUAUGACGUCUGUAAGCUACUGGUCAUAAACGACGUCUGUAAGCUACUGGUCAUAAAUGACGUCUGUAAGCUACUGGUCAUUAUGACGACUGUAAGCUACUGUCAUAAAUGACGUCUGUAGACUACUGGUCAUAAAUGACGACUGUAAGCUACUGGUCAUUAUGACGACUGUAAGAUACUGGUCAUAAAUGACGUCUGUAAACUACUGGUCAUUAUGACGACUGUAAGAUACUGGUCAUAAAUGACGUCUGUAGACUACUGGUCAUAAAUGACGUCUGUAAGCUACUGUUAUAAAUGACGUCUUUAAGCUACUGGUCAUUAUGACAUUUGUAAGCUAUGGUCAUAAAUGACAUCUGUAGGCUACUGGUCAUUACAAUUAACCUACUGGUCAUUAUUACAAUGAUAUACUGAUCAUUAUUCCAACAAUCUAUUGGUCAUUUUCCAACAAUCUAUUAGUCAUUAUUACAACAAUCUAUUGGUCAUAUUCCAACAAUCUAUUGGUCAUUAAUCCAUCAAUCUAUUGGUCAUUAUUCCAACAAUCUAUUGGUCAUUAUUACAACAAUCUAUUGGUCAUUGUUACAACAAUCUAUUGGUCAUUAUUACAACAAUCUAUUGGUCAUUAUUACAAAAACCUACUGGUCAUUAUUACAACAAAGAAAAAAGUACAACAGGAAACUUGAAAUAGAAAGAGAGGACAAUGAGAUAAGAACGUUUCGGCCAAGAGCCUUCCUCAGCAGACAGGACAAAUGAAAAUACGACAAGAAAUAGCCAGUGGUUAAAAACUUAAAUGUUUGCCAUUGUUAUUGCCGGAAGUUGGAUUUUCAUCAAAGUCAUGUCUGCCGAGGGAGGCUCUUGGCCGAAACGUUCUUCUCUUACUUUCCUGUCAUUCGAUUUAUGCCUCCAUAUACCCCGUUCUACUAUUUCCUUCACACAGCUUGAACGCAGUACUUCAUUUAUUAUGUUGACACUAAUCCAUUUGGGCAAGUUGAGCAAUAGGACGUAAAUAAAUCGUAGGGUGUCUAUGGUGGCAUGACCUGUGUUGACCUUUCUCUCCCCAAGGGGCAAGGUGACGUAUCACGGCAAACCGGCCCAUGCCUCCGCCUUCCCGUGGGAAGGGGUCAAUGCCCUGGACGCGGCCGUCCAGGCCUACAACGGGAUAUCAGCCCUCAGGCAACAGAUCAAGCCAACCUCACGUCUACACGGUCAGUGGUAUCCGCAGGCCCUACGGACUGACCCCCGUCCCGUCAGAUUACUUCCAAUAGUCUUAAGCCCCCCCCCCCCCAAAAAAAAAAAACCAUGACAGUUACAACCAAGUUGAAAAUUUGUUUUAUAUUUCAAGAAGAUCUCCAUGAUCAAGUUUACCUUUAACAAACCGUAUGUACCCGCGUAUAGGUCGCGCCACUGCAGGGGUGAUCCUUGUCUAAAUGCCGUUCGGGCGCGAACUCAGAAAAUUGCUCCCCCAAAUUAUCAGUGCAGUAGAGCUACGAUCUUCCAAACGCGGUUUAUCCGAAACUUCGGUUAUUCGAACUAACGUUUUUUAUUUUAUUUUCUAUACUUAUUAUUACUAUCGUACGCAAUGCGCACGUCGUAUAACAUUUGCGUACAGACAAAGGAUAGCGUUUCCGGGUCCACAUGCGGUCUGUACAUGCAGUGACUAGACUAGGAUAAUGUAAUCUUUAAAUGUGUUAAUUUGUAUAACAUACGCUGGAGCAAUGCAACCACGUGGCGUGUGUCAAAUACGGGGGAGGUGCGUACUCCAUCAUGAUAACUUCCCAUGGCGCUUCAUAGAGGGAGUGAUGACGUGUACUGGUGUUGUCUUCGAUGGAUUGUAAGUUAUAAAUGAGCGUAGCAGUCAAAUUACGAAAAAUUUUAAAUGGUUGUUGCGUUUAAAAAAACAACAUUUUUUUUUUUAAAGUUUAAAAAUAAAUAUUAUUUACCCAAUUUCAGCAUUUCAGCUUUAACGUUGGUUAUAGCCUGUGUGCUGAUAUAGCUUUUGUCCACCACUUGCCUCCCCCUCUUUUGUUUUGAUACUGACGUCACCUAUUAAAUGUGUAGUGUCGUAUCACUCCUUUUCCUUCGUUGAUUGGGGAAUGGUUAUUUUCGUUCUAAUUUGUUCUGAAGAAUGACAUUGAGUGAUGCAGUUUCUAGAAUUUCUAUUUCAAGCUUUCAAAUACAUUAUUCCACUAUUUCCUUCACACAGAUUGAACGCAGUCCUUCAUUUCUUAUCCCUAUCAAUAAGCUGGAGUUUUUCCAGCCGAGAGAGAUUUCCGCUACAUUUCCUAGUCAUUUACAAGACUUAAUAUAUAUAUAAGAUCACUAAUAAUAAUAAAAUUUUUUAAUUGUUUCUGAGGAGCAAAUAAGCCUGUUUUAAAUGUAAUGCAACUGACCAGCCACUGAUCGAUACAAUGAACAACUGACCAGCCACUGAUCGAUAAAAUGAAUAUGUUGACGAAAUUAUUAUUAACGGCUUUGUUGACCGAUUUACAACUAUUAUGAUUUUUAGAGUGAAUAUGUUGACCACUGUCAUGGACGUUAGCAUGACUAUAUUGACCAAUGUCAUGGCCGUUAGAGUGACUAUGUUGACCAACGUCAUGACCGUUAGAAUGACUAUUUUGACCAAUUUCAUGACCGUUAGAGUGACUAUGUUGACCAAUGUCAUGACUGUGUUAGAGUGACUAAAUUGACCAAUGUCAUGGCCGUUAGAGUGACUAUGUUGACCAACGUCAUGACCGUUAGAAUGACUAUAUUGACCAAUGUUAUGAUCAUUAGAAUGACUAUGUUGAUCAAUGUUAUGACCGUUAGAGUGACUAUAUUGACCAAUGUCAUGACCGUUAGAAUGACUAUGUUGACCAACAUACAUGUGUUCUGAUUUCCAGCCAUCAUCAGCAAAGGGGGAGCUAAACCCAACAUCAUUCCAGACCUGGCCGAACUUGAGCUGAUGGCGAGGGCAAGCCUCGUGAAAGACUUGCAUGGUCUCAUCGACAAGGUCAACGGCUGUUUGAACGGCGCAGCAACAGCCACGGGCUGUACGGUAACAUAACAAUACCAAGCUGUUGAUAUUUACAUAGUUUUACUCAUACUUUGUUUCACUAAUUUCCCCUUUUCCUAACACGAUUGCAGUCUCCUCCCCUUUUACUACCAUGUUGCACAACUACAGAUUCUUUCAACUUUGAGAUUAGCAUGUUUGCCUACGGAGUUUUAUUGAGUGAAUAAAAAACAGUCAUGGGACGUCACUAUUAUUUGAAUUCAUAUUUAAAAAAAAUUAGACUUUAGAAUUACCUCUUAGACUUCAUUCAUUGCUUUUAAAAACACUUCUUACAUCGGAAAUUGUUGUCAAAACGUUAUUUAUAAUAUAGACCAAGUUUUGACACCUGUGUGCCCCUGUCUAUAAUUUACAUAACACUGAGUACCCCUCGUUAAUAAAAGAAUUGCAUGCACUUGAAUAACAUAAAACUAGAGACUGACCGAAUGUGAUUUUUUGAUUUCGGCCGAAAGUUUAAAAUGACUUUCGGCCGAAACCAAAAAUAGGCCGAAAGUUUAAAAAUGACUUUCGGCCGAAACUGAAAAAAAGGCCAAAAGUUAAAAAUCACUUUCGACCGAAACCGAAGUCGAAACCGAAAAUGAACUAUUUAGAUAUUUUGAAAUUCGUUCCUGCACACAUUCUGCAUACAUCGAAAAUGAUGGGGGAAAGUAUAAAUAUUUACAUUCUUUUUAUAAAAAAUGAGAUAAUCGUGAAUAUUAAUAAACAAACGUCUACUAUAACAUCUUGUUGUUAAAGAUCGUUUAUUUCGUUCUUAAAGAUCGCUUAGUUUGUUGUUAAAAAUCGUUUAUUUUGUUUUUUAAGAUCAAUUAGUUUGUUCUUAAAGAUCGAUUUAUUUUGUUUAAAGAUCUUUUAGUUUGUUAUUAAGAUCAUCAUUUAGUUUGUUCAAAAAAGAUCGCUAAGUUUUUUCAUAAAAAUCGCUUAGUUUGUGUUAUUAAAAGAUCGUUUAGUUUGUUCAUAAUUAUCGCUAAGUUUGUUCUCAAAGAUCAUUGAUUUUGUUCUUAAAUAUCGCUUAGUUGUUCUUAAAGAUCAUUUAGUUUGUUCUUAAAGAUCAUUUAGUUUGUUUGUAUAGAUCUUUUAGUUUGUUAUUAAAAAAUCGUUUAUUUUGUUCUUAAAGAUCGCUUAUUUUGUUGUUGAAGAUUGCUUAGUUUUUUCAUAAAGAUUGCUUAUAGAUAAUUGAUUUUGUUAUUUAAGAUCGAUUAGUUUGUUCUUAAAAAUCUUUCAGUUUUUUUCCUAAAGAACGUUUAGUUUUCUGUUAUAGAUCGCUUAGUUUAUUCUUAUAAAUUAUUUAGUUUACUAUUAAAGAUCAUUAGUGAUUUUCUUAAAGAGCAUUUAGUUCGUUCUUAAAAAUCGCUUUGUUUGUUCUUUAAACUCGUUUAGUCUAUUUUUAAAGAUUGCUCAGAUUGUUCUUAAAGAUCGCUUAGUUUGUUUUAAAGAUCGUUUAGUUUGUUCUUAAAUGUCACUUAGUUUGUUGUUAAGUAUCGUAUAGUUUGUUCUUAAAGAUCGCUUAGUUUGUUGUUAAAUAUUGCUUUUGCUUUGAAGAUCGUCUUUAUUUGUUUUUAAAGAUCUUUUAGUUUGUUCUUAAAUGUCGCUUAGUUUUUUGUUAAAUAUUGCUUUUGCUGAGAAUUAGAUAACCAAAAACCUCAGUCACUUUCGGUCAGUUGGCAGAGAGUCUACGUGAAUUUCGGUCGAAACCGAAAAAAACAACAACCGAAAGUUAACUUUUCUCUUUCGGCCGAAACCAAAAUUAAACCAAAAGUUAACUUUCAGUUUCGGCCCAAAACCGAAACUUGGCCGAAAGUCAUAAAAUGGCCACUUUCGGCAUCGAAACCGAAGCCGAAACCGAAAUUCGGUCGGUCUCUAAAUAAAACAAUAUUAAUUUUUUCCGGUGCAUCGCAUACCCCCACCAAACUCUUCCCGUACCCUUAGGGAUACCCUUACCGCACUUUGGGAAAACUGAUAUGGACUAAAUGAAUUCUAUCGUAACAUCUUCAUCAUUACCAGGCACAAAAUUCAUUCAUUUUUCUAAUGCUGAAGUUCUCACCAUGAGUUUUCAACAAGACGUAAUAUAAUAUGUCUAACAAAAAAAAAACAACAACAGGUUGACAUUUCUUGGGAGCCCUACGUGUACUCUGACUUGCAGUCCAACCAGGCAAUGCUACAGGUGUACGACAAGCACCUCCCACGAUUUGAGCCUUCCCCAGGUCCCCGUGGCGACAACGGAGUCGCAGGUUCGACAGACAUGGGCAAUGUUAGCUACGUGGUGCCCAGCAUACACCCCAUGUACCGCAUCGGAGAGGCAUCCAAUCAUACAAGGGAAUUCACUGCAGUUGCAGGUGAGGGAAAAGUCUGGCCUGUCUAUGUGACGGCAGGUAAGGUAAUGUUGGCCUGUCUAUGUGACGGCAGGUAAGGUAAUGUUAGUCUGUCUGUGCAGUGGCAGGUAAGGUAAUGUUAGUCUGUCUGUUCAGUGACAUAUAAGGUAAUGUUUGUCUGUUCAGUGACAUAUAAGGUAAUGUUAUUCUGUCUGUUCAGUGACAUAUGAGGUAAUGUUAGCAUGUCUGUGCAGUUGCAGGUAAGGUAAUGUUAGUCUGUCUGUUCAGUGACAUAUAAGGUAAUGUUAGUCUGUCUGUGCAGUGGCAGGUAAGGAAAUGUUAUUCCGUCUAAUGCGUUGAUUCAAGUUGUAAAACGGUUUUAGUUCAAUUGUUUGCUAUUGAUUUGUUUUCAGCAGCAAGGCCAUUUCGUGUCAAAACCUUAAAUACCGAAUGAUAAAAAAGUCAUUCUAGAACCAUCAUCCAAAAUACUAAUCACUACCAGUGGCGUGGGAGGAGGUGGAGGGGGCUAUCCACCCUGGCUGCACUUUUUUCUUUCUUUAUUUUUUUCCCUUUAUGGGGGUGGGGUAGGGGCAGGGGAGCAUUUUCGACCAACAGCAAAGAUUUUUCGUGGAAUAUGUGGCAGCAAAAAUCUUGGCCCGCCCUGGGAGGCCUAAACGCUAGCUCCGCCACUGGUCACUAUCGUGGAAAGAUAUUAAUGUAUUCUGUGAAGUUACCUUUCGUUCGUGGUUCCACUUGUUUGAUUCUUUAAGAAAUGUUAAGGAUAAUAAUCAUAAUAAUACUUUUUUUCCCCUCUACUUUCCUAGGUUCUCAUGAGGCACAGGAACCGACACAAAACCAGGGGAAGGCACUCGCGCUAACUGCUUUAGAAAUCAUGAGCGAUUUAUCUCUCUUAGAGAAUAUUCAGCUGGAAUUUAAACACAUGACCCAGUUGUUGAAAUAG